CUCACACCCCAGUCACUGGUUCCUGUGAAUAUGAAUUACUGAAUCAAGCUGGGGAGGUCAAAAUGUGUCUUAUAUUGAAGGUGUUGUAAACUUUUAUUAGCUUAGAAGAAAACUUCAAGAGUUCUUGAGAGAUGGCUUUGGAGACAUGUGGAAACUGUUUGAGUUGCCUGCUGGUGCCUCUGGCACUUUGGAGUAUUGUUGUGAAUGUCCUCCUAUACUUUCCAAACGGGAAAGCUCUGCCUGCUGCCAGUUACCAGUUCCCCAACCAUGAGUGGUAUUUUGAAGGCAUCUGUUUCUCAGGUGUGAUGAUCCUUCUUUUGGCAGUAAUUCUGAUAACACUGGAGUGUAGUGUGUUCUAUCAGUGCUGCCAGAGUGAGAGCUGUAACAAAACCUACAGGAGUUUUAUUUCUAUUGUGCUAGCCCUGCUUGGAAUUGCUUUCUCAGGAUACAGUUGCAUCAUUUUUACCCUGCAUUUGAUUCAAGGCCCCUUCUGCAAUUCAUCAAGUGGAUGGAAUUAUAUUUUCAAAGACACUGCUGGGGGGUACCUCACAGAUUACCCUGCCUGGUCUAAGUGCACAGAACCUGCUAACAUAGUGGAGUGGAAUAUUAUUUUACUCUCGAUUUUGAUAGCACUCAGCGGACUGCAAUUGAUCAUCUGUAUUCUCAAAGUAGCCGCUGAGUUGAAACGAACACUCUGUGGGACCUAUUCUGUUUUUGUGCAGGCUGGAAUUCUCUGAAAAUGGCAAGGAAAUUGUUGCUGCUUCUCCCCCAUCCCCAGAAAAAGAGAGAAAUGGCCUCUCCGUAAUCCAUAGCGGUAGAUUUGAGUGCUACAAAGAAAAAUGUUACCCUCGUCUUAAAUCUCUAUCCAUCAAACUUCUGUGUUUUGGAUGAAGUCUAUUUGAACUGUCUGACAUCUACAUUCUUCUUCACCUGUCCUGUUGAGCCUGGCAGGGACACUUAAUUUUUUUACCCUCCAACUUGUUGUGACAGUAGGGAUAUUUUACUAUAAUGGAACUGCUUUUGUAUUGAAAUUACCUUAUUGUUUUUUCUUAAUAGGAUGCUGUAGAACUGCUUUUGUACUCCCUUGUCAUUGCUUAGACCAUAUGACUGUUUGU